AUGAUUGAAACGUGCUCUAAACGAUGUAUGUUAUUGGGAACUAUUUCUAUGGGAGUUUUAACUAUAGUUGUGCUUAUCCUGGAGUCACACUUAGCAGACACUUUAUCUGGAAGCCAAAGAAUGAAAAACAAGACAUUUCCGCAAGAGGAAAAUUCAACUUGUUGGAUGCAUCAGCCAUAUAAAAUAAUCAGUGAAUGUCACCCCUGUUCAGAUUUUGAGAUAAGAAGUAAAAGCAUUGGUGUAUGUAUACACACAAGUUUCAAAGAAAUACUAAAGUGUGGCAAUGGGGAGACAGUAACCAGAAGUUGUGACAGGGUGGCCUAUUUGGAAGAGAGAGCCUAUUGGAAAUUCACAAUAUGGUCAUUUGUCAUAGGCUCCAUAUCUUCAAUUGCAGUUAUGUUGAGAAUGAGGGUCCUCAACCAUCGAGCAAAAAGAAGGGCGAGACAAGUUCUUAGCAAUGGAUCAAUUUAG